CGGAAGGAAGCGUUUCCCAGGAGACGGCCGGGCCGGAGGGGAAGGGAGGCGUGCGAUGGGGUUGCGGUGCUGGCUGCCGUGACCAGCGCAGUUUUUCCAACAAGAAGAAGUAACUACUAACAGCAGCAAUAUAGCAGAUUGUCUCUCUCCUCUAGUCUGGUUAUGCAGUAACAAUGGAGACUUCUGAUGAAGAAAACUUUGGUGUAGCCACCUCCUCCCCUUCUGAUGCAGAGUUUGAUGCAGUUGUUGGGUAUCUGGAGGAUAUCAUAAUGGAUGAUGAUUUCCAGUUAAUACAGAGGACUUUUAUGGAGAAGCACUACCAGGAGUUUGAUGACUCAGAAGAAAACAAGCUCAUCUAUACUUCUAUUUUUAAUGAAUAUAUCUCUUUAGUAGAGAAAUACAUUGAAGAAAAGUUGCUUGAUCGGAUUCCGGGUUUUAAUAUGACUGCAUUCACAAUGUCGUUGCAACAGCACAAAGAUGAAAUAGCAGGCGAUAUAUUUGAUAUGCUUCUCACAUUUACUGACUUUCUGGCUUUCAAAGAAAUGUUCUUGGAUUACAGAGCUGAAAAAGAAGGUCGAAGUCUGGAUUUAAGCAGUGGGUUAGUCGUGACUUCAUUAAACAAAUCAUCAAUAUCCUCCUCCUAGAACAGUUUAUGCAUUACUCUCCUUCUCCAGAUGAGUGCUGCUGCUUUCAUUUGGACAUUAAAACACUAAAGGUCAUGGGAAUCAAGGUGCUUUUAUAAGAUGAAAACUCAUUCACCCUCCAGACUAUACCUUCAGAGGCCUGAUCCUAAAAGCAUCUGUUUGUGAAUUCUGGUUGGUAUUCAGUGACCACAGAAGAUGACAAUUUCACCUCUACCAGAGUAAUUGUUUUUAAUAAAUACACAGUAUUUGUACACCAGCCUAACCAUUGCGCAUGCUGAGAAGCCCAGCACACUGAGAGGACAAUAAAUAGACCUGUGCGUGUGUUAUUUGGGUUGGCACCUUUUCCAUCUCCCCAAAAUGUAGAACUUUGCCGAAUCAAGAAGACAGUGUAAGAAGAGUAUGUUCCUCCAGCUCUUGGAAGGACAGGUGUGAAUACAUAAUCUCUGAGUUCCUCCCCGUCAAUGUUUUGUUGUUUUGGGGUUUUUUUAAAUACUUUAAUAUGUUCUGAAGUGCUACAGCUUUGUAAUGGAAGAAUAUGUUUUAAUAUGUAGGUGUUCUAGCAUAAGACUGUCUUGCGGCUCUGACAAUUGAUACGUUAGUGUGUAAAUCUGCUCUCCAGCUUUUAUAAGUCUUAUCCUUAAUGUGCAAAGUUCUCCGAUUCACUUUUGUUCAGGCCCCAGCUAUUCAACAUUGGGAAAAAUAACCACGAUAAACCAAAAUCUGGCUUAUGUAUGCAAUUUCUUUCUUUUGGGCAGUGGCACAGCUGCAUUAGUUCUAGUAAUAUAAGCUUGAUGGUAGGUUGGGCACAGACAUGUUUACCACCAUGUCAUUUACUGCUCUAAAUAGCAUGCUGAUUAAAGGGCAUGUUUUCGCUAUUAAACUGUAAUUAGUGCAGCAAUGCAUUUUUCAGCAUCCGUUAAAAAAUAGAUGAGUAGCUUGCUGGUGGAGUUGUAGCCGUAAGCCUGUCACAAAACCCCAGGCACAUCUCUGUUGGUGGUUGGAAUUAAACUGCAUGUGGAGCUACAGGGACCCUCUGUUCUUAUGCUGUUCAGACAGGUUAAUCUGCCACUUAAUGACGUGCUCAGGCAAUGCGAAUAAGUCUUCAAAAGCCUACAAGUAGGUAGAAACACAGGAUGGUGAGCAGAACCCUCCACUUUGUCCCACAGCAGGUUGAUGCAGCAGGGGACGUGGCCUUCAACAGCAGUGAAGGUGUUGAUCAGUGGCUGUCACCUGAUGAGAACCUGGCCUAGACAAAGGAAAAUUAUGGCCAGGCCAGUACAAAUUUUUGUUUGUGGACAAGAAAUGUCUUAGAAGAACAAAUGAGAUGAAAUCCUGUUCCUAUUGAUGUCUGACAGUGAUUUCAACAGUACUAGGACUUUGUUCUUCAGCUAAAAUAGUUUUUGAAUACCAGUAAGACACCUAGCCAUGCAGGCAAAAAUGAGCCAUA